AGUGAGAAACGGAUGGUGGGGAGGAGAGUGAAACUGGCAUUCAGAGCCGUCGGUUUUGGUACUUGUGUAGCCUGCCCGCAGUUACAGGCAAGGGCAGCAGAGAGGCGAAGCGGCAACGCAUUUUAGAAGUCCGCAGUGCCGAAGACGGGGCUUAAACAUCGUUUCUUCACCCGAGAACCAGACUACCCAAGAGAGAAAGGAGGCCGCACGCUCACACACCCAGAAGGGUGCCGUCCAAGUCAAAGAUGAGGUGCACUUGAAAUGUUUUGAUCUACAAGCAAAACGAUGAUACUUCUUUUUCAUGUGCUAUUUUAUCUGUGGGAAGCAAGCAAUGCUAAUGAAAAUGUUUCAAAGCCCAAUAUUGUCAUACUCAUGGCUGAUGACCUCGGCAUUGGAGACUUGGGGUGCUAUGGGAACAGAACUCUAAGAACUCCCAAUAUUGACAAAUUAGCUAGAGAAGGUGCAACAUUAACUCACCAUAUAGCAGCCUCACCACUUUGCACUCCAAGCAGAGCUGCUUUUGUCACAGGCCGGUAUUCAGUCAGAUCAGGAAUAGCUUCUGUACAUCGAACUGGAGUCUUUUUGUUUCCUGGUUCUUCUGGUGGAUUGCCUUCUGAAGAGACAACGUUUGCAAAACUUUUACAGCAAGAAGGUUAUUCUACAGCUCUUAUAGGAAAGUGGCAUCUUGGGAUUCACUGCAACAGCAGUAAUGAUUUCUGCCACCACCCUUUAAGCCAUGGAUUUGAUUACUUCUAUGGGAUCCCUGUGACCAAUCUUAGAGACUGCAAACCUGGGCAUGGAAGCGUGUUUACCAGAGGGGUUAAAAUGUACAUCCCUACAGCACUUCAGUUCAUUGGGAUUGCACUAAUCUCUUUGAAGGUUGUAUACUAUCUUGGUCUUCUAAGAGGUCCUAUCAGAGUACUAGGCUACUUCUUCUUAAUGACCUCAGUCGUACUGGGACUCUUAGUGUUCUUGUUGUAUAACUUCCGAUAUCUGAACUGCAUCUUGAUGAGGAAUCACACUAUUAUCCAGCAACCCUGGAUCUAUGAAAACUUAACUCAGAGGUUGACGGAGGAAGCCAAAAGGUUUAUACAAAGAAACAGUGAAGUGCCAUUUCUUCUUUUCCUGUCUUACCCUCAGGUCCAUACAGCUCUUUUUGCCUCUCAGGCUUUCAAAGGAAAUAGUAAUCAUGGAUUAUAUGGGGAUGCUGUGGAAGAAAUGGACUGGAGUGUAGGACAGAUCCUCCAUGUCUUAGAUCAACAGCACCUAAGUGAGAAAACUCUUGUGUACUUCACUUCAGACCAAGGGGCACAUAUUGAAGAAAUAACUGACAACGGAGAGGUCCAUGGUGGUUAUAAUGGAAUUUAUAAAGGUGGAAAGGCUACAAAUUGGGAAGGUGGGAUUCGAGUUCCUGGUCUUCUCCGCUGGCCAGGAGUUGUUGAGCCUGAUAAACACAUUGAUGAGCCAACAAGUAAUAUGGAUAUAUUCCCUACAGUAGUUAAACUUGCUGGAGCAUCUUUACCCAAGGACAGAAUUAUUGAUGGACAUGAUCUGAUGCCCUUGCUUCAAGGCAAUGCUGUCCGAUCCAAGCAUGAAUUUCUCUUCCAUUACUGUAAUGCACAUUUAAAUGCAGUUCGUUGGCAUCCAGGAAACAGUAAUUCCAUCUGGAAGGUGUUUUUCUUCACUCCAAAUUUCAGUCCAGAAGAGUCCAGUGGCUGCUAUGAUUAUCAUGUGUGCUUUUGUCAAGGUGAUUUUGUCACAUACCAUGAUCCACCAUUACUGUUUGAUCUUUCCAAAGACCCAGAAGAAAAAAACUCACUGACGCCAGAAACAGAGAGUCAGUUCUAUGAAAUCAUUCAUGUCAUCCAACAAGCAGUAAACAACCAUACCAUGUCCCUUCCCACUGUUCCCAACCAGUUGUCUUGGGACAAUGUUCUAUGGAAACCUUGGCUUCAGCCAUGUUGCUCUUCCUUUCUGGAGUUUUGCUACUGUGAUCAUGAGAUGGAAGAAAACAAGAAUGUGCCAGAAGCCUGAGGUUACAAACAUGUAACCACACACAUGAUUUUAUACCUUCUGCAAACAGAGUAUUUCCUGAACCUGUAAAGAGUUACACCGUAGUGAUAUAAUUCACAGGCAUAUCAUAAGUUUGCAAUAAAAUAUUUCAUGAAUGUUUGCAAAUCAUAGUAACCAUACUUUAUUCAUACAUGCAUUUUUAUUUAAUUAAUCAAAUGCAAAAUAUUCCUGCCUUUCUUUUAACUAACUUUAGACUGGCAGUUUUCUUAGUACAGUAUUCCAUAUCCAAGAGGUAUGUACAGCACAAAAUAAUUAACAAUUGUCCAUGAACAGAGACUAGUCCUCAGCAUACAUGCGUGACCUAAAAUGGCAUCCUCUGAAUUGCAAGUUACAGCGUACCAAUUGCUAUUCAUCUUAAAACAAGAUGGCUGUCAAUGAAAUGACAUGGGAGGGAAACAACGUGGCGAUUUGAACUCUUGAAAAAUUUGCCUUACAAGAAACUUUACAUUCUCAGGGGUUUGAGCAGACCAGUUCUGCCCCGCCCCCUGCUGCCCCUUUCACCUUCAGCACUAAUCUGCACUCAACAUUUCAUCCUGCAGACCUCCGCAUUCCCUCAAGUAUGAAGAAACCCCUAUUGUGUGUAGGCAUUCAUGUUGUGCUGCUCUUGGGAUCCAUUCAGAGGCCAUCUGUAUUGCUCUUAGGUCUGGUUGUCAUCAAGUAUUGGGUGCAAAGGAUUAACAAAGCUGGCUCUGUUGUGGCUGAACUGCCUUCCACCUGCUAUGGAGGAAAGCCAUUCGAAGUUUCUUCUCCUGUUAUACACACGCCAUGGCUGUUAGUGGGAUCAAGUGCAAGUUACCAACAAAUGGUUGAAUAAUAUCCAGUAUCAUUACUGUUUUGUUAGGAAAUAUGCAUUCCUCCUAACUGCCAAUACAAUUUACUGAAGGGUAUUAAUAACUCACUAAUGUCUUAAAAUAAAGUUAGGAUAAUAUUGAUUUUGUGAUUUUAUGGUACUAUAUAAUCAUUUGUCACAAGAAGCAGUUUGUAUCAUAGGAUGGUUAAGAAACAAUCGUUUUAGUCAAUUGUUUGUACACAGUGCCAAACAGCUUGUUACACACAUCUCACCAAUUAACUAUAAUUAUUCAGCUUUUUGAAUAGUAUUUUGACCUUUGGAGCUGGUCUUUUGGAGUUAAAGUAACACCCUUCUAAGCUAAUUGACUUCAGUGGACUUAGAAGGGGGUAACUCUCCUUAGAAUUGCUCUGUUAAUGCCCAAUCUUAUGCAUUUAGUUAGAAGUUACUGAGGUCAGUGGGACUUAGUUCUAAAGAGGUAUAUAUAGAAGUGAGCAUUAGUUAAAGAAACAAUAAUAAUUUGAUAGAAAGUUCUAUCGAGUCAUAGCUGACUUAUGGCAACCCCUGCUGGUUUUUUCAAGGCAAGAAGCUAGGUGGUUUGUUGUGGCCUGCCUCUGCAUAGCAUCCCUUGGUGGUCUUGGAUCCAUUUACUAACCAAGGCCAACCCUGCUUAGCUUCCAAGAUCUGAUGAGAUUAGGGUUGCCUGGGCUAUUCAGUUCAGAGCAAUAAUAGUUUACUGAACUAUAAAUACCAUCACAUGACCAAAAUAGCAUUGCUAAUCAGACUAUACAAAUAAGAACAGGAUGAACAAAAUUAAUAAAUAAGUUUUGAAAAAAACUUGUAUAAGACAGCUAAUUGGUCAAUAUUUUUUGCAGUACACUCGGGUCAUUUCGUAGAAAAAGAGCUGGAGGAACUCAUUAGCAUAAUUCAUUAACAUAACUCAUUAGCAUAUGCCACACCCCUUGCCAUCACCGGAAGUGUGUCAUUAACAUAACUGAUUUGCAUAUGCCACACCCCCUGACAUCACCUAUCCUGGCUGUUUUGGACCCAAUCCUGGCCAUUCAGGGCUGAAAUUGGGUAAAAUGGCAAAAAGGGGCUGAAAAUGGCUGAAAGGGGGCCCAAAAUGGUCAGGAUCAGGCCACUGCUAAGUGGGAGAGUGAUCCACCACCCAUCAGAGGCCUGAUCUGGGCCGUUUCGGCCCCAAUCCAGGCUGAAAUGGGCCCAAAAUGGCCGAGAGUGAGGUGGGCAGGGCCACCUGACAUGUGACCUCUUUGGGGAACUGCCGGAACUGCAUUCCUGUGCGUUCCUCCUCGAAAUGAGCCCUGAGUACACUAAAUGAUCUGCAUUUACAGCAGCCAUUAAGAAAGUCUCUGCCAGUGGUUUACUGAGCUCCCCUAAUUUACAGAGAGAUGGGACAGACAGGUGGGGUACUUGCUUGCCAUUAGCUGAAGGCCAAGCAGAAGGAUGAUGAAAAGAGGAGGCAGAAACUGAGCUGCAGGGGAAAAAAAGAGUUGGUGGAGAGGUGCAUGUUGCCAAAAACUGAAAAGAGAAACAUGCUCACAUGUUGAUUGGAAUCAACCAAUCUUUGUAAGCAUUGAGUAUUUUUAAAAGGGAUUAGACAAAGUUAUGGACGACAGGCCUAUCAAUGGUUAUUAAUAACGGCUAAGUUGAAUCUCCACAUUUAGAGGCAGUGUAACUCUGAAAAUCAGUUGCUAUGGGGAAAUUGCCAAGAAGAGUUGUUGCCUUUACAUUUUGCUUUUGGGUUUUUGAUUUGCAUCGGAUGAGCUUCUGCCAAUGCUGGACCAGAUAUACUUUUGUCUUUCCAGUAAGCUGCUCUUUUAUUCCUACUAUUUCCAUGUUGUGGUUUUAAGCAUCAUUUUGAACAGGAAACAUUUUUCUCCUCAAAACUUCCAGUCUAUUAUUUCACUUUUGUCUGAUGUAAGAAAUUACAUACUUCCUAGUUUCAUCACUGUUUUUCCAGAGAUUUCAACUAGUGUCCAACCGGAUUUUGAAAAAUAAUUACAGUAGCAUUGGUAUGACAAAGGAAUUUAUCAGUAGCAAAUAUGAAUUAUUUGUACGACCACUGAUGAAAAAAAAUUGUCAAUUGGAUUUGGUCUCCUGUGUACUUUGUUUAAUCAUAUAUUUAGCCAAGUUGUUUCUUAUAUUUGUUGCUAGUACUAUCAGUGCUUUGUCACUGUUGUCUAUGCAUAUAGAGAUGCAUUAGCCAUUCAAAAUUACAGCAUACUACUUUUUUGUUGUGCUUACAUCUUACAAGAGUAAACAAUGAAACUGUAUUUAUCAGGAAACCCUACGUUCUUAUUGAAGCCAGCAAGGAGGGCCCAUAGUCUUCGAACGUCAACUUGAUUGGACAUAAGAAUAUCCAGUUGUUAAAAAAUAAAAACAAAAUGUAGCUGUAUGUGAGCAGUAGUGUGAUAUAAACAGGAUUUUAAAAACUGUGUUGUAUUAUCAAUAUGUUGGUUUCCAAAAUCUGUUCACCACUCAUCCUGAACAGGCUGUAGAAUUCUAUCCCAAAACUGGCUGGAAAGAGAGUACUAGUUCCCUGAGGUGCUAUGCAAAUUAUGCUAUACUCAGUAGUCUUUCUGUUUAUUGAAAGACAUGGUCAUCUCUGAGUAGAUGCUUUGAUACAGAUCCUAUUUCUUGCUUCCUUCUUUCAUUUGGAAAGAGGCACACUACUCCUCCAAUGAGCUAGCUCAGCCAAGAGAGUGGCAGUUUUUCUAACAGAAUUUUGAAAAGGUCUCAGAAAUGUUUGUUAUUUAAAAUGACUCAGUUUUUCUUCCAUGAUUCUGAAUUUUUCUCCCAAUAAAUAAUAUUUAUCAUCAUUUCCAUGGGUUGGAAGGCAUUGUGAAAUUAAUGAAUUUAUAGCACCCUUUAUAAUGAAUUUAUAGUGCCGUUUGUUGUUUUAAUGAUUUUAAAAACAACUGAAAUGGAUUUAUGGUGUCUGGCAAUGUUUAUAAUAAAAGAAUUACAGCAGAUGCUACUUGAAAUUUUAAAUACAAACAAGUUAGCUUGGUAGGAAAUAAAGCUGAUGUGUUUCAGUGUUCAUCAUUGUUAAAUUUUUAAAAAGGUGAGAGAGUGAAAAUUAAGUGUCUGGUUCGACAGGAAUAAAAAUAAUUUCU